AUGGUGAAAUGUUGCUCAGCCAUUGGAUGUGCUUCCCGCUGUUUGCCAAAUUCCAAGUUAAAAGGACUGACAUUUCACGUAUUUCCCACAGAUGAAAACAUCAAAAGAAAAUGGGUAUUAGCAAUGAAAAGACUUGAUGUAAAUGCUGCAGGCAUUUGGGAGCCUAAAAAAGGAGAUGUGUUGUGUUCAAGGCACUUUAAGAAGACAGAUUUUGACAGAAGUGCUCCAAAUAUUAAAUUGAAACCUGGAGUAAUACCUUCUGUCUUUGAUUCCCCAUAUCACUUACAGGGGAAAAGAGAAAAGUUUCAUUGUAGAAAAAACUUCAUCCUCAAAACCCUUCCAGUCACAAACCACAGUUACCAGCUUGUUGGUGCUUCCUCAUGUGUUGAAGAAUUCCAAUCCCAGUUCAUUUUUGAACAUAGCUACAGUGUAAUGGACAGUCCAAAGAAACUUAAGCAUAAAUUAGAUAAUGUGAUCAACGAGCUAGAGAAUACCAAGGAAAGUCUACGGAAUGUCUUAGACCGAGAAAAACGUUUCCAAAAAUCACUGAAGAAGACAAUCAGGGAAUUAAAGGAUGAAUGUCUGAUCAGCCAAGAAACAGCAAAUAGACUGGAUGCUUUCUGUUGGGAGUGUUGUCAGGACAGCAUAGGACGAGACUAAAUUUCUUGAAAUAAUUUCAUGUUAUGUUCUACCUAAAACUGAGAUUGGUACAGCUUUUUAGAAAAUAAUUCUCAAUUGCCAUUGCUAAAUAAUAUCCAUCAUUUAAAGUGCUUCUUUGGAUCCUCUGGAGCAGUAUGCAUUAUAGUUGUUAUCCAAAGACUUUUUGGAAGAUGCACAGAAAUUUGUGGUAGUCUGUUUUUGUGUGACUUGUGAUAAUUAUGUUUUCAUAGACCUAAACUAGUGCCAGAACACUAUUGUAAGAUGUUAAAAUAUCAAGAAAAUUCUGCAGGACUAAGGAAAUGAUAUCAAAUUAACCAUAUUAGCUAUAGUAGUAGGAACUAGACACUUCAUCAGCAUCUGGUUUUUGGCUUCAAAGGAGCACCUUUACUUAUAUAUGCUUUAUGGUAAGUACAUAGAAUUUUAUUUUAAAUGUAUUCUACUAUAAAGCAGAAUUCAUUUGUAAUACAUAUCCAUCUUGGAUUCAAUCCAAGGUGCUUUAAUUGUCAGUAAUAUCAAAGAACCUUUUUAUAAGAUCUCCCAUAGUACUGGCCCUCAGAAUAACACAUGGUGAAGAUCUUUUGGCUUUUAAAAUAGUUCAGAGCCAAUUUAAGAAGACCUUUCAUGAAGUCUUGGCUUUUUAGUACAAUAUCAUCAUUCCUCCUCACUAAGAACACUUUGAUGUAUAUCUGAAUAGCU